CGUCAAAACGGCCGCGGGUGUGCAUCGUGUUUGUGGGAUAUAAAUGAAAUCAUAUUCAAUAAGCGUACAUUAACCCUUUUCUCCAAUAGUUCAACAGCAAUGAAUUUGUCAUUUGGCGGGGGUGGAUUCCAAGGGGUGUAUUACAGUGGUGUUGUGUCGUGUCUCCGAAAAUGUGCUCCCCAUUUAACUUAUCGGAAAAUUUAUGGAACAUCUGCUGGUGCAUUGGCUGCCGUUGCACUCCUAAUCGAUGAAUUUAACGAUAACUUUAUGGCUGAAAUUUUGCGAAUAUCAGCAAAUGCGGAAAGGAGUCUAUUUGGUUCAUUUAAGCACAUUUUCAAUUACAGCGAGCAUAUAGCGAAAAUAUUGGACAAGUAUUUGCCAACGGAUGCACAUUUGCUGGUUAAUGGGAAAAUAUUAAUAUCGCUGACUACCUUUGCGGAUGCAGAAAAUGUCAUUGUAUCACAUUUCGAGAGUCGUUCUCAGCUAAUUCAGGCUCUAGUUUGCUCCUGUUUUAUACCAUUCUUCUCUGGUAUUAUGCCACCAUAUUUCAACGGAGUACGAUACAUGGAUGGCGAAAUGUCCAAUAAUCGACCGUACACCGAGAACCCAACAGAAAUUGUCACAGUUAGUGCAUUUUCAGGAGAAUGUGAUAUAUGUCCGUGCGAUACGAGUCAACAAAUCCUCCACAUGAAUUGGGGAAAUAACAUUUUAUCGCUGUCUAAGGAAAACAUUAAGAGACUAUCUGGUAUACUAAUCCCUCCAUCAUCCGAGACACUCGUAAAAAUUUGUGAACAAGGAUUUUACGACACCCUGAAAUAUUUAUAUAGGAAUAAUUAUAGUAUGAGCCCACGAUGUCUCUCAAUAGCAUCAAUAUAUGGUGUGGAAUCAAAAGAAGUCCUCCAGGCGACAAUGGAUGUUUACAAUUGUCCCUUCAGAGCAGGCGCCAUAGAAGAAGUGAGAAAAAUCAUGAAUGCUGACGAACUUGUGCCUUUGAUUGAGAAUACUAAAGCACACAUUGUCAAUUUGGUGGAUGGGGAAAUGGAGUAUUUGGAUUUGAAGUUGGAUAUUACUUCACAUCCACCAGACAAUGAGAAAUGUGAAGAAGAUCCCAAAACAGCCUCCAAUAUUAGUCUUGAGAAAUAUUCACUGAAACAUUGUUUGAAACUCCUCCCAACUGCUUUUACAGCAACACGAAAAGCCCUCAGUGGUACUUUAUUGAAACGCUUGCAUUCCCUGCUGUUCACCACGACUACAGAAAGGUGCACAGCACUUCAAAGGAGAACUUGUGAAGAGGAACACUGCAGCAAGAGACGAAAUUCGGAUGAAAAAGUCCUAUCGUUGUUGCAAAAAGGGAGUGAAAUUGAACCUCUUCUCUCCAUCUAUUAUAUCAAUAAAGCAAAUCAAAUAGUACAAACGGCAAUUUUCGAUUUAGAUGAUUUGGAUACAAAUAUUGUACCACAAACACCCUCAGAAAUCGAAAUCAAUCAUCAGCUUGAAUUUGAUUUGGACUAUGAUUCUGAAAUUUCAGGUGAAAUUUUCAGCGAUGAUGAGGAUUCAGGUCCAAUUCAAUGGAGAAAUUCAGAUUGUCAUCAAUCCAUUGAGGAAAUUUUUAUUAAUACUUGGGACGAUGGGGAGUCAAAUGGUGAAUAUUCCAUUUCAACGGAAGCUUCCGAAGCUCUUUCAACUUCUCUAUAUUCCACCCUAUCGCUAUCCUAUUCGGCACAAUUCGACCAAAUAUGCUAAUAUCAUUUGAGUUUGAGAACGUUUAGGGAAUUUAAGAGAAUUUAUGUAUAUACAUAAUAAAAAGACUAACCUCUUUCGCAA